CUUCGACGACGUAAUGACUACAUGACGGUAUAAUGGUCGUUGUUUUUCCACAAUUCCUAACUGUGCUUGGGUUGCUGUAGCGACGUCCGUCCUCCCCCAGAAUCCACUAGCGCACUGCGGAGCCGAAAAGUGCUCAAACUGCAGGGGAGCUAGCGGCAGCUUAGUUUGGUGGAUGCUGAAGUCGAGUGGGUCAAGCGCAAAACUGUGCCUUCCUAAUCCUACUUGUACCUUUCUGUUCGGCUGGCUUCGGCUAGUAGUAACGGUCUUUUUAUUUGUGGAGUUGCCAGUUUCGCGGCUGACACGCCACACAUGGUGCACACCUGUACCUGGUGGAGUGCUACCAUAAUAUUAAUUUUCUCUUCGGGCGACGACUGUAGCCAGUGCACCGCUGACGCUGGCAGGCAAUAGUCGGUGCAAACUUUCCGCUGGGACAUUGCUGAGCGGUCCUUUGCAGGGUCGAGAACAGGAUUUGAGAGAGGAAGCAGAGGCUGAGAAAAUACCAACCUGUCUUUUGCUGGAACGAAAAGGAGAGAUGACAACAAGGACACACGCGGAGAACAGUAGUCUGUAGUCGACCGUGUUAUUCGCCAGUCCUCCGCUUCCUGAAGUUCACCGGACGUGAGUCGAACUUGAAGCUAUGGAGCCGGUUGACAACCUCGGCACAGUUACUCAGUAUAACUACCACUCGUCAUGGAGUGUAUUGUGCCAGGAGCAGCACUGCCCGUGUUCCGACGAGCACAUAGCGACUCUGGAGUGUUGCGCGGCAUACGCAAAGUCGAGAAGUCAGUUCGUGGCCUGGCCACACCUGGAGGGCUAUAAGUACAACGUGGAUGAUGCGGCGAAGAUGAUCCAGGAUGGUCAGGUGCCCACCGCCCUGCCGCCUCGAGUGUGCCACGGCAAGCUCAUAUUCUCCAACAUAGAAAAUGUGCGCUUGACGUCGGCAAAUGACCCGGUGUUGGCUGGUCGACAGUCCGAGGACUUCAGUGACAAUUUUGUGACGCUUGAAUCACUCGUGCACGACGACCAGUACAUCUAUGAAGAAUGGAUCAAGUGCCAAUGCCCACACCUAAGGGCCAGAAUGGUGGCCUUUGCUUUCGCGGCUCGUCCCCAGCCGGUGACACGAUUGUUCGAAUGCCUCAGGUCCCCUCCCUGUGAUCGCUAUAGCCACAAUUGGUUCAAGGCGGCCUCACGGGCGAUCAAUUUCAUGACUGCUAUUUCGUCUUGUCACGAGAAUGAUCCGUACUGGGUCCAGUGGGUGUGUAGACAUAAUCUGGAUAUUCUCGUCUACCUGUCAGCUUUCAGUGUCUUGGCAGAAUUCCUGGCCAUGGUUUGGCAUGACCGUCUUCUUGUAAUGAACUAUGAGAAGGACAUAAAGAAGGGCUUUGGUGUUAUGGAGGAAAGUCUCCUCAUCAAGGUUAUGAAGCAGGCGCUGCUACUUUUCAAGUCCUUGUCGCGAACCUCAAAGCCUUUGCCACGGACAACGGAUUUUAAAGCAGCGGGCAAGACCGGUGAAUCGAUGCUCUACAAGGUGCUGCUUGCGCAGCAAAGUGUUGGUGGAUCCAGAUUGGCGAGGCUGGUGGAGACUCUGUUUGGUAUUGCAUCAGACUCUGGAAUCCUGUACACGGAAGAGUUGCGCAUCACAGCCCUGACUCUGGCUAUUGAUGGAAUUCGAGGUCUCUCUUGCCCGUUGCGCACUUUCAUGUUCAGCUAUUCUCAUUUCAUUUGCUCCAUUCUCGGUAACCAGCAGAGCAGUCAUCGGUUGUUUCUCAUGGCUCUUGAUCUUGCCAACGUCGCGCUGGGCGUCUACGAGCAGAACUUCCGUUCAUCACUUCUUGCUCUAGCCAGCACUGAAAAAGACCUGGGUGCUCAACUUCAAGACUUCGAAACGAUUGUAUACGGCGAACAGAUAGUGCGACACAUGGUGGUAAUGGUUGCCGAGUACCUGAUGCGUUUGAAGACCCGUCCGCGUGAAACUGAGCAUGCAUCUCUGUUGCACGUUGUGGAUUUCACUCAAGACAUGCUGUUGAUAUUCCUUUCUGCAUUGGGGAGUGCAAAGAUCGAUGGAGUGAUUUUAGACAUCAUUGUUGAACAACGUCUUUUGGACAACAUGCUCGCAAUCUUGAGUAUCUCUGACCUUCCAAAAAUCGAGGAGGUUUUCAGUGCGGCGUUACGAACAGUGGCGAAUGUCUGCCAAGCAGAUGGCGGUAUGAAGGCAAAGCUUCUCGAGGAUGGCUGUCCUUUCUCCAAUUUUAUCCACGAAGCUCUAAAUGCAGGUUUCAAGGACAGCAUUCUUCACUGGGUGCUGGUUGUGAUGGGAGAGGUCAUGGAGGCGCGACCUAGGAAGUUUGCAGAGCAGAAGCACACCAUGCAGCGUCUGUUGGACUUGAUGUGGACUACCGGAUCCUCCAAGUGUACCGCUGUGGGACGUGCAGCAGCUGAGAUUGUGGGCCAGAUCUUCUCUGCAGAUCCUGUACCUGAUAAUCUGCUGGACACUGUAACCAUUGAGAAGUUCUUGGAUAUCCUGACGUGCUGCACCGAAAUUGAUGUAGUCCACUGGACAUGUGUGCUGCUGAUGAAUCUAUCCCUCUCGUCGUAUGCUGCCAAGAGAUUACUAGCUUUCUUCAAAACAAGACUCUGGAACUACAUUCUGGGUGACGCUGGGGCAGUCAAGAUGAAUCUUGAGAACAGCAGCCUUCUCACUAAGGCAGCUCUGAUUUCGUACUUCGGCUACAUGGAAGUGACAAAGCCGCUUGUGGAAGUGAAGUGGAAUUGUGAUGGACCGAACAUGGAUGAUACGCAGCCGCACCCACUUGACAUGCAAGGAAUGUGGAUCACAAAUGUGGGUUCUGAGCGAUAUGCAAUGCGUGCCGAAUCAUACCCUCCUGUCGAUGCACUGGUCAGUAUAGUUGAUCUUUUUGUUGAGAAUCACAGGAGGACUUUCUUCGUGCCAAGGCAGGAGCAGCUGCCUACACAGGAUCCAGAAAUCAUUGAAACUGAACUCAAUGCAGCCAAGAAAUUCCACAAAAGCAUCAAGGCAUGCAUAACUUCUGACAAGUUCGAAACAUGUAUUGUGUUUGGAUUUUUCCGUGGAUUGCAUCUGUCAGCUGCCGGAUCAGUAUAUGAAUUUCCGAAAGCUCCUCCAGAAGACUGUCCGAAGAUAUUCGGCUGGUGCUGGUUGAAGGACUAUCCUCACUUGAAGUGGCACAGAUCGAGUGAAUGCCACGGUGUCGUCCGGAAGGAAGUCACGCUGGGUGCUCUAGGUGGCCGUGUGCUGAGGGCAAUGGCUACGAAGUUGUUCUUACCCAACAUGCCACCCACGGACGACAGUGCAAGGGGAAGGAGAAAUGCGACUUUCAAGAGUUUAGAGAUUUUGCUGCUUCUCGUCCGUCAUGCUGCGGUGAAGGAUCUGAUGGUAUCACCUGUCUUCGAUCGUAUGCUACAAAUCAUACCUCGUCAAACUGCUGAAGUCCGGGUAGUCGUCGCCCGCUCGAUUAUGGUCCCGGACGAUGAGAUAUAUCUCUCGCAGCUGGUUGUCUGCAUGCAGAUUAUCUGCUGCGUUCUCAAUGGUGAGAGCGCCUGUGUCCGAGAAGUGGACUACCUGCGGGAUAGAUUUCAAACGCGAACGCUUGCCAUCCUUCUUGAUGACUUACUCGUGUCACCGCCGGAGAAGCCCGGACAGUCGCCGCGCUUCCCAAGCCUGUCUCCGCUGGCCACUGCCACUGCUCCCAUUCAAGUGCUUUACCCUCGAGCCGUGCAAUCAAAAGCGCACGGUACCGGUACCAGUGCCAGUGGCAGUGGUGCCAGUGGUGACAGCAGCAGAGGAGGCAGUGGUGGUGGCAGCAGAAGCCCCAGACUAGAGAGCAAAGAGGCACGUGCCACGAAGAAGAAGGCUGCCACACUGGAAGGCCUACUAGAUGACAGGGAAGCUCGAAAGGAGCAAAGCCAUGCUGUCUCCGACUCGGAAGUUGUGACUAGGAACCGGCCCCGCGCAAUGGAUGCAAGCAGCAGAAUGGGUCACCUGUCUGAUCCCACGCCCGGAGCACCAAUGCGCUUACCUCAGCGCCGCCAUCUUGACCCAUCAGCUUUGCGCAACAUGUCUACAUCCGUGCUGCAGCAAGCCCUCUGCUGGGGAGACCUGAGUGACCUGGCUCCAAGUGCAGGCACGGCUGCAGAGGAUGAUGCGUUCAACGACGAAGCGAGAAAGGACAUGACAUCAAGUGCUAGUUCAACUCAGCAAGCUCAGGCCGCCGGGUCGUCUGAUUUCCCCGGACUAUCGCAGCGUGCCAUGUCGGGCAUCCUGCCGGCAUCCAGUACUCAGCCCAUUCCGGAACUUCUAGCAGAGGACACCGAGGACGCAGACGCCCAGCCAGAGGAAAUGCCUUUGUCUGAAAGUCCUGAAGCGGGCGAUUCUACACCUGCUGGUCUACCCAAGAAGUCCGGCCAAGGGGAGGAUGCCACCGAGAAGCCAUCAUUUGGAGUUUUUUUCAGCGAGCAACACCGCGGCUGGGGUCGUCCUGAAGGAAGCGUUCAACACUUGCAAACGCAUCACGGUGCGCCGGAGAGCCGGUUUACUCUGCUUCCUUACUGGCAGGGCGGUGACGAUAUCUAUUCCAAGGACUGGGGUACUUCGCGUGGCAGACCAUUAUCUGAGUACCGAUCGUCGACGCAAGAGAGGAAAUCCUCGUCACAGACCAACGGUGCUACCAUACGGGAGACUUUUCUGAAGAAGACGGCGGCGUCCAUUGUUAGCGUGUUAAGCCUGUCCAUGUACCACACCCUGCCAAGUGCCAGUGAUUGUGCAGAUGAUGAGGACACUGACAGUCGUGGCAGCCUUGACAGAGAUGAUGAUGAUGAUGGCGAUGAUCAUGAUGAUGAGGGUGAUGCUGCUUGCACAACGCAGAUCUCAGCAGCGGGCAUGACAGUCAUCGGCCAGGCGGCUCUAUUGCAGUCCAGACUACUGAUGAGCAACCCGGCCGAUGCCGAGGAGCGCAAACCAUCAUUGAGCAAUGGCGCAGUCCUCUGGGAUGCCAGGCAUGUUCUCAUGCAGUGUGCCCUGGCCAAUUUCAACCAGUGCCCACCAAAAGCUAUCGGCCAUGGUAACAAAGGAAAGUUUGAUGACCUCUGGGACGAGGAUGCUGGAACAGUCGAUUACCGCUGGUUCCCCAAGAAAUUCAACACGACAGCCGUAGAACUUUGCAACGCUACACAAGCAUCUAUCAUCAACGUAGACAAAGUCCUUGCAGCCAACGUGCAGUGGACAUACGAGACAGUGGUUGCCAACCAGCCACUGCAAUACAAGCACAAUCCAGCUGGCGACCGUUGCUUCCCCUGGACCUACAUGUAUGAAGUGGAGCUGGGCUUCUGUGAUGUCCUUCAAGUUGGCUGGAUUGCCUGUUUUGACAAGAGCAAGAUGUUUGAUGGCUACAAAGGUGGGCGCACUGGUGAAGGAGUCGGUGUUGGGGACACUCGCUUUUCGGUAGGAAUUGAUGGAUACACGAAAGCAAUCUGGAUCAAUGGAAAGAAAGUGCAACUGCUCGAAAUGGAGCCUUGGAAGCGUGGAGAUAUUGUAACAUGCGUCCUGACAUUGGACGGCUGUUUUAUGUUCUAUGUCAACGGAGCCCUAGCCGGUGGACAGGAAAUGCAAUGGAAUCUUCAAAGCGAGCAUUUGCAAAUCUACCCAGCUGUUUCCAUGGCUCUCAACCAAUGCUGUGCAGUCAACUUUGGCCAGCUGCCUUUCCGAUACCGGCCGCUGUACCCGGCACUGCCUGUGGCUUACUCGACCAUGCUUUCCAGCCUAAUUGAGAGCGUCAAAGAAGCCACCAACCAAGCAAAGAUCUCCACCGGCAACUUGGCUCUUCCAAAGAAUGUCUUUGUGGACCAGCCGACCUUUCACGAGUGGGGUGGCUACAUCUUCGAGGAGGAGUACCUGAAACUAGCAGCGUCUGUUCCGUUCGGACAGAUAGUGCCGCAUGCGAUGGGCAGUGGUAUGGCGUAUCAGAUCAAGAAUCCAGACUAUUACUAUGAAAUGAUGGUCAUUCAACACGAUGAGAAUGCUCUUCAGCUGCCCUGUGCAAGUGUGAACAAGAACAAAAACGGCAAGAUUCGUCACACAUGCAUCUUGGUUAGCAUUGUCACGAGCAAGGUGGACGAGGCGAAACGGAAAAGCAAAGCGAGGAUCAAGGCUCCCCCCGACCCUGGACAACUUCAGCAAGUGGCCCGUGUGAGCUGUGCUGGGUGCAAGCCGGGCGAUGUUGUGGGAAUAGUCGUGUGCCAUGAUCUGCUACUAACACUGAAGAACGGACGAGUCGAAGGAUGUGUAAAUGUACCAGCACUCGAAGGCAAGUUUCUUCACUUCCGACCAACGCUCUACCGUUUCCAAAACCGCCCGUUCCCGAGCACUUGGCUGCUGAGUGAAGAGCUGAAGAGCGCUCUCCAGGAGAAGAUGUUCUACCACGCCCGCAGCUUAUUCAAGGCAACUGCACCCGGCUCUCUUGAAUGGUAACGGAUUGCUCAGUGCGACCACGUGGUUGGGAGCCACGCAUGUUUCCACAGCGUCGUUCCCUCUACUGAUUUAGUCUGCAUGUUGUUGUACAUUGAGCGAACAACCCCUGCAAGCUCUGGAGAAGAAAGACGUUUUGCACGUCACGGAAUUCACGAGACACCAUUGCCAGGAUGCUAUUUCUAUUGCAUAUUCACAUCAGGGGCUCAAGUGUUUGCACAGUUUUCGUUUCAAGGAGAUGCGAUGCCAUGCUGGCAAACGAAAAAAUUGAUCCUGCUAUUCUCAAAAAAAAAAAGCAGCAUACAACUGGAAUGUGGCCCUGCUGGUACUGCUGUCUACUACAUGCUUUGUUGUCUGAUGAUUGGGUUUUUGCCAUGAAACUCUGAGUUACAACAAAAAAACAGCCCUAUUUACUUCCUUUUGUGUACCUCUUGCGUGCUUUGAACUUCUGAUUUCCUACACAUACCACUUCAAACUAACAAGUAUUGACCGUGAUACUGUGCCCGUAUCGCAACACGCUAUACAUUCACGUGCAUACUACUGCUUAUGAGCAGGUGGACAAUCAUCAGUUACACCACCACUCCACAAUGCGCUUACUGACCCAUUCCACUAGCGCAGGUAGGCAACUAAUUGCAUCAACUUUCCCAAUGUGCUUGCAACCAAACUGACUAACCUCCACCCGCUUCCUAAUGCAGAGAGUAGAUCUGUGCUGUUAGAUUUCAAAACAGGCUCUUUUGUUUGUUAUCACUGCCAAGACACUGUACACAUUCUACUAUAUUUUUACUGUUUGUAAUUCAGAGGCUCAUUCUUCAGUUA